AUGACUCUUCUUGACUUCAAGCCCAGAAAUAUCCUCCUCUUCGGUGCGACAGGCAACAUCGGGAGAUACAUUCUCGAUGCCAUUCUUUCCGCACGAGACGAAUUUGACCGAGUUGCUGUCUUUACGUCGCUAACUACUGCGAACUCGAAGAAAAAUCUCCUCGAUGACUUAAAACGCAGCAAGAAGGUGGAGGUAUUCGUGGGAGAUGUGCAAGAUGAGGACGCUGUUCGCAAGGCUUAUAAUGGGAUUGAUACCGUAAUCUCCGCCCUGGGACGAGGCGCAAUUGAUCGUCAGCUGGCUCUAAUCCGCCUCGCCGACGCUUCUCCCACUGUCAAAUGGUUCUUCCCCUCGGAAUAUGGCACGGAUAUCAAAUAUUCGCCGGCCUCAGCCCACGAAAAGCCCCAUCAACAAAAGCUGAGAAUACGUGCGCUCUUGGAGAACGAGAACCCCAACGAAGGGACCGUGUCCAAUUUAGCGUAUACCUAUGUUAUCACCGGCCCCUAUGCCGAUAUGUACGUUCAUUUCACAGAUAGUCCGGAAGCGGGAGGGUGGGACGUGAAGAGCAAGAAGGCGACCUUGUUGGGAGAAGAUGGAUGUGCAAAAGUGAGCUUGACCACAAUGAAGGAUGUCGGGACGCUCGUGCUGGCGAUUUUACGCCAUCCCUCCGUUGCCUUCAACCGCGCACUUCGGGUUAACUCGUUCACCACAACACCGUCGGAGAUUCAUGCCGAAUUUGUGCGCCAGACGGGUGGCCAGCCCUGGACGGAUGUCCGAUACACGCCGCUCUCCCAAUUACGUGAGGUGGAGUCGGAAGCGUGGAAGGCGGGAAAUCCAGUGGCCGCGGUGCUGACACUGGGACGCAUCUGGACCGAAGGGGGUACUUUGUAUGAUCAGCGGGAUAAUGCAUUGAUCGGCGAGCCACCUCUGCAGACCCUGGGGGACGUGGUUGCGGAGGCGAUAGGGCAAUCGUCUUAG